AUGCAUCGAGAUUAUUGCGAGAGAAGGUCUGCUUCUAACCAACCGUCAGCCACCUACGAUUAUUAUUCAAGAAUCUUUAAUACAAAAUUCAAUAUUGGCUUUUUCGCACCAAAAAAAGAUCAGUGCGAUCUUUGCGAGUCUUUUAAAAAUGCAUCGGAAGAUGAGAAGAAAGAGUUGGAAAAUAAGUAUAAUGAACAUUUGGAAGAAAAAAAUUUAAGUCGUGAAGAAAAAGAAGAAGAUAAAAUAAAAGCACAAGCUGGAAGCAUUUCUUUGGCUAUUUACGAUUUACAGGCAGUACUGCCUGUACCAGUCGGCCAAUCAUCAGCUUUCUUCUAUAAAUCAAGGCUAAAUUGCUAUAAUUUCACGGUUACGGAAAUAGUAAAAGGUUCAACGAAAGCAUUUUUUUGGCACGAAGUUUUUGGUAAUAGGGGUGCUAUUGAAAUAGGGAGCUGCGUCUUGAUUUACCUAGAAGAACUAUCGAAAAGUCAGCCAGGAUUAGAUAUUGUAUUUUUUUCCGAUAAUUGUAUGGGCCAACAAAAAAAUAGAUUUCUGAUAGCAGCGUAUCUGUAUGCCGUAGAACAUUUUCAAAUUGGUUCAAUCACACAUAAAUUUUUAAUACGCGGACAUACUCAGAAUGAGGCAGAUGCAGUCCACAGCAUUAUAGAGAAGAAAAUUUCAUUGGCCAAGAAGUCUGGACCUAUUUAUAUUCCCGACCAGUACGUUUCCAUUAUCCGGGAAGCCAAGAAGAAGGGAAAGAAAAUUGAAGUUAAGGAAAUGGCUUUUGAAGAUUUCCUUGACCUUAAGGCACUGGCUGAUGACAUGAAUCUUACCAUACAUAAAAACACCCUUGGAAAUGAUUUUAAAAUCAAUGAAGUAAAAAUUUUACGAUUUGUAAAAGGAAGUCAAGAAUUUUAUUAUAAAAAAAGUUAUAAACAGAAAGAAUGGCUUGAAGUAAAUUUUAAACAAAGAAGAAGGUCAAAAAAGGAGAUGAAAGAUCUCAACAUCAAAAAAGCCUACAAUAAACGUUUCGAGUUAUCUGAAAAUAAAAAAAAAGAUUUAUUAAGUUUAGUUAAGUCAAACCUAAUUCCAGCAUUCUACAAAAAUUAUUAUGAAAGUAUUUUAAAUUAG